AUGCUGCCCUCAACUUCAUCUGCCAAGAAGAGCUUUGUAAUGUACCUCAAUGCAUACUGCAAGUCUUCGUCCGACCGGAGCUCUUUUCUCAAGAAUUCUUUGAUUCGAGGGUUCUUCAUUGUUCCUAUGACAAACUUUGCCAAGGGACUCUUGGGCUGCUUUCUCCGCCUGGGCUUGGAACCUAAAUUUGAGCCAGAAGCUACCACCGUGACUGGCGGAUUGCAGCGGUGA